AGCAACACAUUGAGAUAUCUGAAUCUGCUAAUCUGAUUGUUGUUGGUAUAAUUGGUAAUCAACAAUCAAAGGGAAAUGGGAGUGCUUUCCAAUAAGUUUGAUCGGAAACAAUUGAACCCGGGUGAUCACAUUUACUCUUGGAGGCAGGCUUACAUCUAUGCCCACCACGGAAUAUAUGUUGGAGAGGGAAUGGUGAUCCACUUCACUAGAAGAGUAGGCCAAGAAACUGGAACAGGAACUAUCUUAGACCGUUUCCUUGUAAGUUCACCACCCUUUGGUGGUACCAUUGGCACUUCAUGCCCAAAAUGUGGUGAACAAGCAAGCACUGAUGGAGUCAUCUCUUCAUGUUUGGAUUGUUUUCUUUCUGGUGGUGAUCUAUACCUCUUUGAAUAUGGUGUGUCACCUGCAUUUUUUCUAGCCAAAGCUAGAGGAGGUACAUGCACCACCGCCCCUUCUGAUCCAACUGAAGCCAUCCUUCACCGUGCUUUCUUUCUUCUUGAUAAUGGAUUUGGUGGCUACCAUGUGUUCAAGAAUAACUGUGAAGAUUUUGCAAUUUACUGCAAAACAGGUUUGCUUGUAUCCACAAGCAUUAGUGUAGGCAGAAGUGGACAAGCAGCAUCAUGCUUGGCUGCUGCUAGUGCUAUAGUUUCUUCUCCACUUCGAUUUAUGACUGCUAGUUUUGGUGGUCUUGCAUUGGUUGGAUGUGGCAUGUACUGUGUUAGCAGAUAUGUUUCUGAUAUUGGAGUACGCAGUGAUGUAACUAAAGUUCCAGUGGAGCAGAUACAUGAGAUGGCCAAGGAGGACUAG